UCAGGUAACAAAGCGAAAGCUGAAAAAUGCUGAAAUCUUCAAUUUUCUCCCUGCUCAUUGUGCUUUUAAUGGUGUGCUCAUUCGGAAAUGUGUCUGCAAAUGACCCGGCCGCUCGUCGGUUUUUACAACGUCAACGGCGCAUGGACAAUUUAGAAUUUCAACCGUCCGGGGAAAAUACUGAAGAUUUCUUCCUUCGAAGUGCGAAAUGGGUGAGCAAAAUGAACCCGUCCGGCGGUGCGUUGGUCAGUGGACGAGGUGGAUUUCGGCCCGGUUUUGUGUCGAGAGACUGGCGACAUGCGAUGGCUGAGCCGAAUUUUGUUAAGCGAUCCUACAACGACUACUGACCCCAUUACAAUGACGUCAUCAGUAAACGGGCGCUCCUUGCCACCAUCACCACCACCACCGAUCUCUUCCUCCACCAACCCAAUUCUCGUCUUUUUCUUCUCAUCCAUAUUAUCUGUGGUCCCGACAUUCCUGAUAGCUAUGAUAAAAAUGAUCCAAAUCCCAAUUGGCGACUGUGUUCCGCGUUGUUCCUCGAUUUUUUCACUUCCUAGUUCUUUGUCUAAAAUUUUUGGUUUUCUUUCGGAGAUGUCAAUGAAUUCGAAUUCGUGUU